AUGCUGGCCUCGCUCUCCCCGUCGUCGUCUUCGCUCUCCCCGGCAUCGUCUCUCCCAUUGUCCUCGCUCGCUUCUCCACCGCUCACCCCGUCGCAGCCCUCGAACGAUUCUCGUCGCACGUCCCCCUCCGGUUCAGAUGACUCCGCCCUCUUCGAACUCUCCUUCGUAUACGAAGAGAACUCCCAGGGCGAAUAUGUUCGCUUCUCCAAGCGCGAAUCGUCACCACCCACCCCGCUCGACCGCUCCCCGGUCGUGCUCAAGCCCCCGUCGCCGGUCGCCCCUCCGCGACCGUCCCCGUUGUCGCGAUCGGAGAGCAUGCCGUCUGUCGAGCCUACCCCUGCACCGCGGUCUUUUCAGCGUGUCGCUUCCGGCCCUGUGCUGACCCCGGCAUCGUCUUCCGCCCGCGCCAGCUUCGCCCCUCUCUCCACCGGCGCAGCUCGCAAGCUCGGCGGCGCCCGCCGCGUCAAGGUCGACGAGUUCCAGCAAUCCGAUCCACUUUUGCGCUCCCAGACCCAGCCCGGAGACGAAAAGGAGAACCUCCGCACCCGUGCCUCAGCAGCAGCGACCGCCGCCCCCUUUGCCGUCCGCCCCUUGCGCACCCUCCCGAAGAAGAGCGGUAUCGAGAAGAUCGUCGAGGAGCGUUCAGUCGAGGAAGCGGAUGAUCCCCUCGAUGGGCCAUCGCGCGUGAGCAACAGACCCCGCCGCUCUGCCAGUCUCAGCGACGCGUCUGGCGCUGGAUAUCACGACGAGCAACCACCGUAUUCGUACCAGAGACCAGGCACGAGUAUGGGCGCGCGACGGGUCACGAUCGAGGAGAAGAUGCGCAAGGAGCGGGAGAUUGCUCUCAUAGAAGGUUAUGCUAUGCGAGAAGCAGAAGAGGCCGCCGAAGUGGAACGACGGGUCCGCCAGUCCCCUUCCCCAACGCAUGUAUCUAGCCAGUCCCGGCACCAGCGCAGAGACUCGGACACCCUUCGCUCUCUGGCGAACCCGCUGCCCUCGCCCACUGCCGUCGAGCAUCUCGUCCCGCGUACUUCCCCACCCAUCCGCGGGGCGUAUCCUCCUGUGCGCCACCGCCGCAGUCCCACUGCGCCUGAGCCGCCUACGACGAGCGAGGCCAUUACACCAGGCCCUAUCGCGGUAGUCGGGCGUACGUGGGCCGCGGGCGACGGACGUGAACGCGAGCGAGAGCGUGAGCACGAAGAGGCGUACGGCGACGCAGUUGCACGCGCGCGCAGCCUCCCUGCAAUGUCUGUUCCCGCCCCCGCACCGGCACCUGCACCUGCAGCUAGCCCUCUGUCAACUACGUCCGUCACAGCAAAGCCGCAAGCGAAAUCGCACGCGCACCCGCCGACGGCCCAGGUUGUGACACCUGCCCCCGACGUGCGGUCCCGCAACAUGGUGGUGAACAAAAAGGCGUAUGCACGGCUCGACCUGAUCGGCAAGGGCGGAUCGUCGCGCGUUUAUCGGGUGAUGAACGGGACGAACGAGAUCUACGCGAUCAAGCGCGUCGCGCUCGACAAGACGGACGCGGAAACGAUGAGUGGAUACAUGAACGAGAUCGCGCUUUUGAAGCGCCUCGAAGGCAACAGUAGGAUCAUUCGGCUCAUGGACAGCGAGCUGCGUCCCGGGCCUGGCGGCUCCAAGGGCCAUUUAUUGCUGGUUAUGGAGUGCGGCGAGAUCGAUUUGGCGAGGCUGUUGCAGGAACAACAGAAAGAGCGGUUAGAUCUCGUCUGGAUAUCGUAUUACUGGAAACAGAUGUUGCAAGCCGUGCAUGUCAUACACGAAGAGAAGAUCGUGCAUUCGGAUCUCAAGCCCGCGAACUUCGUACUCGUCCGGGGGCAGCUCAAGCUGAUCGACUUCGGCAUCGCCAACGCGAUCGCGAACGAUACAACCAACAUCCAGCGGGACCACCAGAUCGGCACGGUGAACUACAUGUCGCCUGAGGCGAUUGAGCUCCCAGACGGGAUGCGGCGGUUGAAGGUCGGGCGGCCCAGCGAUGUAUGGUCUCUGGGCUGCAUCCUGUACCAGAUGGUGUACGGGCAUCCGCCCUUCCAGCACCUCUCGGUGUACCAGAAGAUGAAGGCGAUUCCAGACGAGAGUCGACCCAUUCAAUUCCCCGAGUACGCGACGCCGAGCGUGCCCGGGCGCGAUGCAAGUCCCCGCCGCCUCGAUCACCUGAGCGUGCGCGUGCCCGAUAAUGUUAUCGAGACAAUGCGCAGCUGUCUCGUCCGGAAUCCCAAACAGCGCGCCACCAUCCCCGAGCUACUCGACCAAGACUGGCUGGUGAUGCGGACGCAGCACCCGCCUACGCCCCCGCCCCUGCCAACUCCGCCUGCGCUCAAGGAAGAUGAGACGAUCAUCAACCCACACUUCAUGAAGCAGUUGCUCCAGUACGGCAUGUUGCUCGGCAAGCAAGACCGCAAGAUGGACGACGAAGCGCUUCUGCGUGAUGCCGACCGUCUCAUCAGGGAGCUGCAGUCCGUGAAUCAACAGGGUGGGCCGUAG